CAACGACCAUAGGCUAAUUAUUCCACCGCUGAUGUAGAAAGUGCAAUAGAGGAUUGUUUUCUUGUGGACCGAUAGAAAUCCGGAUCACAAUAUCCCAAAUUGUUGUUAGGAUUAGAAAUGGUGAGAUCAAUUAGAGAUUGAUCUCUUCAAGGGAUUAGAAAUGGGAAGAUCAAGAAAUGGAAUUAGGAAUUGGGGGAAGAAACAAGAAGGGAGAUUAGGGAUGGAUGGCCAAAGAUGGAAAUGCAACAAUCAAAUGAUUAGGCCAAUAUGUGCAAUUUAAAGUUCCAAAAAACACAACUUGAUAAGGAAAUUGUUACAAUUUGUAAACUAAGACACUCAACUACAAAGAGCAGUGUAGUGUAGCGACCAAGGUUGUCAAAUCGGUUUGUGCCAGUGUGCAGGUUUAGCAAGUGAAAUGAUUCGACCGGUGGUACAUACCGGUUGAUGUCGGUUCAUGCCGGUUAAAAUUACAAAUAAUUUACAAAUACUCAUAUUUUUAACACGACAUUUAACGUCAAUACCUAAAUAUUUGUACUUGAAUCCAACAAAUAACAUCAACAUUUAACUUUUUAACACAUAAAAUAAAUAAUAAAUUACUUUUUAUCAAUUAAAUUCACUAAGAUAAGAUCUUUUUACUUGGAGAUUCGUAUAUCGGUCAUGCCAGUCAUACCGGUGGUGUCAUACCGGUUUUAUGAUCGGUACAGGUUGAAUCAGGUUCAACCAGUGGCACACCGGCCGGUGUGACAACCAUGGUAGCGACAUAUUUAGACUAUCAGUUAUCUCAGUGUUGUUCCUUUCCGUUGCCACUCCAUUCUCCUUACCACCAAAUUUCCCUCGCCUUCUUCGCUCCUCACAGUUACCGUUUCCCGCUGACUCUCACUCAGUCACUCCCCACUCUUCGCAACUCUCUCUCUCUCUCUCUCUUUCUCUCUCUCUCUAUCCACACACUCCAUUUUUCUCAUCGCAUACAAAAACUCCCUUCAAUCCCUUCUCCCCUUUCAUCAUCACCAACCUGUAAAUUACUAGACCAGAAAGAAGAAGAAAACAGAGGAAACCCCCUCCCCCCAAUAUUUGCCCGGGAACUCGCCCUCGCCCCCUCAGGUAUAUCCCUAAGCUCCAUUUUCCUUUCUGGGUUCUGAUCAAUUCCCCCCACUUCAGGGUUCUGAUUGAAAGUUAUGGUUUGAGGAAAGAUGGAUAGGUACCAGAGGGUGGAGAAGCCCAAGGCUGAGACCCCAAUAAACGAGAACGAGAUUCGAAUCACUACUCAAGGCCGCAUGCGGAAUUACAUCAGCUAUGCCACCGCUCUUCUCCAGGAGAAAGGUUCGAGUGAGAUUGUGCUUAAAGCAAUGGGCAGAGCUAUCAAUAAGACUGUGAUGAUCGCUGAGUUAAUCAAGAGGAGGAUUGUUGGUCUACAUCAGAACACUUGUAUUGGAUCAACUGAUAUAACUGAUUCGUGGGAGCCACUAGAAGAAGGCCUUCUUCCUCUGGAGACUACGCGGCAUGUUUCGAUGAUCACAAUCACGUUGUCGAAGAAGGAGCUCGAUACAUCCUCCCCAGGGUAUCAACCUCCUAUCCCAAUUGAACAAGUGAAACCAAUUAAUGAAAUCGCAGAUGAUGGAGAAGGAUCACCAAUGAUGCGAGGUAGGGGGCGUGGUAGAGGGAGAGGAAGAGGCCGAGGUCGAGUCAAUUACAACAGUGUAGGUGACUAUAAUGGCGGUGAUAGUUGGGAUGAUGAGCACGAUUAUGGAGGAAGAGGGCGAGGCCGCCCAAGAGGUGGUCGUUUCUUCCGAGGGCGAGGGCGGGGUAGAGGAAGAGGGAGAGGCUACGGUGGUGGUCAGCAAGGAGGAGGGUACUAUGACAACUAUGGUGAACCUGAAACCUAUGUGCCCCAAGUUCGUGCGCGUGGACGUGGAAGGGGGAGGGGACGUGGACGUGGUGGUGGUCGUAGUAGCUACGAAAGACUCGAUGGUCCAGUCCAAGCACCAGCAGCCUGAGGUAGACACGGUAACCAGUUCGCCAAUGCAGUAGUUUGGUGGAUGCCCUGCUCUCUACUAUACAGCAUCUUCCAUGGGGAUGAUGUUCUUAUGGGCUAGCAAAUGUCUCCCCUUUUAUAAUGGUCUAUCUCUUUUGGGUACCCUGAGUAGCAUCGAAGUACUGGUUUCUUUUUGGGCUACAGUGGUGCUUGCAAUUUUUGCCUCUGGUUUUUUUCUUUCUUUUAGAGCAAGGCAGCAGACAGAGGAAACUUGUACAUCAUUAUCUUCCCAUUUUUCAUCUUCCUUACCAUUUUUGUGGAAAAUUUCAUUAAGAAUAAUAGAUAGAGCAGUUGGUAUAUCAUUAAUUCUUUCAAGAACAGGGGAAACUUGUUGUUCAAGCAACUAUGGCGAGUGCAUGCUGAUUUUGCCCCUCUCUCUUGCGUACUGAACAUACACGAUUUUGUUCUUGAGAAAACGAGGCGCCCAAUCAUCACAUUAUGAUAACAGACUACACAGUUCAGGGUCAAAUGAGCCAAGUCGACCCAAGUUUUGACAUAGGUUGAACUCAGCUAGUUAGUAAACGAGUUCAUCUUUGUGUUAUAUAACGGUAAUUAGUGUACGGUCAAUCUACGAUAUAGUUUCUCUUUUAAAUACAAAUGAGACAUAUUCGACAACGUGCUCAAAUUCUUAAACAGUAAUAUGUGGUGAGAUAUAUAAUCUAACAAACUUAUGAAUUAUCAACAAGCCAAUGAUAAACUAUUAAUCGAUUCACUUAUAAGUUGCUACUAGCCAUACCGCGUCGAACCAACUCAUAGUUCAAAACAAGAUAGCUCACAAGUUGCGUUUAAGAAGCCACCGAGAAGAGUCGACUCACGAACCUUACAAGCCGAACAAGAUUUAGCUCAACCUCGAUUAAUUAAUCAACGAGCUGAAUAUCGAAUGAGCUUUUCUCGAUCCGAACGCCGAAUCCCUCGUAAACACAGUUUAGCUUAUUUGCAGCCAUACUAGAUAGGAUGUUCUCAAGGACUCAGGUUGAACCUAGAUCCUUCUCGGACUAUAACAGCUUGGAGAACACGAGGCCCAACAGUGGAGGGCACACGUUUUCUACUCGUGGUCUUGCCGUGAGGUUUAAGGAAUAAUACUUCCGUAACCCGUACUUAAACCCCUCAACGUAAUAUAUUAUAUUAUACAUUUUUUUCAUCAAUAUAGUCAAGCCUACGUGGAAGCAAAAGAUCAAAUCAGUUUGUCAAAAAACUAGUUGAUUUAAAUAAUUCGAGUUGUUGAGAACCGUGUUUUUAAUUUGUACUAUACUGGUGGUCCAAUAAUAAAAAAAAUCUCUUAUCAAAUGCUAAAUCAAUAGACGAUUUUUAGAUAGUACAAAAUGAUUGAACUAUACGAUUAAAUCAUGAUUUCAAUAUAAAAUUUUCUACUUCAAACUAUUUUAAUAAACUCUCCAAUAUGAUUUUAUGAUCGUUGAUUGGGAGAUAUAGACAAGAAAUUACUCUUAACAUAUAAAAUCGUUAAGAUUCA